AAACGAAUUAUCAUGACGAUUGGACUAGAUUGAUUUAAAUAGGACGUGUUUUCACCAGUUAUUAUUUGUAUUUGACUAUUAAAAGAAAGUUUAACUAUUUACGCGUGUGACAAACAGUGUGUGGUGUUAAAUGUUACUGUGCUUGUUAACACGAUGGUGAAAAUGGAAAGAGGUCCCGGAGGGCCAAAGUCAGUUCUUGCUGCACCUUCAAAAAGCGGAUCUACUCAAAACAUGGCAUCGAACAUAAAAGUUGUUGUCAGGGUUCGACCGAUGAAUAGCAGGGAAAUAGAACAGAACAACCGAAUUGUGGUAGAUGUUGUUGAUGACAGAAUGUUAGUUUUUGACCCGAAAGAGGAAAUUCGUCCCUUUUUCUACCAAGGCGUACAGCAGCCGAACAAAAACUUUCUUAAACGCGCCAACAAAGAAAUGAAAUUUGUAUUUGAUAAUGUGUGUGGUCAGAAUGCAUCAAAUUACGAUGUUUUUGAAACCACAACUAAAGAAAUGCUACCUUCCCUGAUGGAAGGGUACAAUUGUUCUGUGUUUGUGUAUGGAGCUACGGGUGCAGGGAAGACAUUCACAAUGAUUGGAAGCAAGGAAAAUCCUGGAAUAACUUAUUUGACCAUGGAACACUUGUUCUAUACAAUAAAUUCUUUUGAAAAGGACAGGGAGUUUGACAUUGGAGUUUCAUAUAUUGAAGUGUACAAUGAAAAUGUAUAUGACUUAUUAAAACCAUCAAGCACUCCACUGCAAUUACGUGAAGACUCAAAGUAUGGGGUAAUGGUGGCUGGAUUAACUUUGCACAAUAUCAAAACAGCAAGGGAACUUCUUAAUAUGUUGGAAAACGGCAACAAGAAUAGAACACAACACCCCACAGAUGCCAACGCUGAAAGUUCUAGGAGCCAUGCUGUGUUUCAAGUAUAUGUAAAGAUGCGCUACAAGACAAGCAGUCAGCUACGUAUAGUCAAGUUGUCUAUGAUUGAUCUGGCUGGUAGUGAAAGGGCAUCCGCCACAGGUUGCAUCGGAGAGAGAUUCAAGGAAGGCGCUAAUAUUAACAAGAGUCUGUUGUCCUUGGGCAACUGUAUCAAUAAACUGGCUGAUGGAAGCAAUUAUAUACCUUAUAGGGACUCAAAGUUAACUCGUCUCCUCAAAGACAGCCUCGGAGGUAACUGCAAGACAGUUAUGAUUGCCAAUGUUUCACCAUCAAGCCUUAGUUACGAAGACACAUACAACACUUUGAAGUACGCAGCUCGAGCCAACAAGAUACAGCUUAGUAUUAAGAAGAAUAUAGUAGAUGGAGAGAUGAGGCUGUCACAAUACCUCAAGAUCAAUGAAGAAUUGAAGAAAAAGAUUAAAGAAUUGGAAGCAAAGCUGUCGCUGUCUUCGGUCAGGGUGGUUAAGGAGUCUGACGGGAGUAAGGAGAAGAUGAAACAAUGGCGUCAGCGAAUUUUAGCCGAAGAUGAAACCCACACUGCACUAGAGGAAAAGCUACUCUCUCUCAUGUGCCAACAGAAAGUUUUGGCUUUGAGACAACGGCUACGAACAAGGGCCUUUUCGCAUGUCGCCGAUUUAGCGCAUAGGUCUUCGUCGGAGCCUUUGAAUCAAAUACGCACAGAAGACAUACCGCGUCAGGAACGCGCAGCGGAAAGUUACAACAAGAAAGCAGUAUUAUUGGACACAAAGAUCAUGAGCACUUGGACGAAAUGGGAUGAGAGUCGGAAGAAUAUGAAAAAUCUUUACAACAAAGCACUAACUGACUGUCCAGAUAUCAUAGACUUUGUAGAGAAACUACAAUUGCAAAGCGAACUCAGACAUAGCAAGGCGAGAGACGAGUUGCGUUACAAAUUACUUACAAUUGAGAAUCAGGAAAUAACAGCGUUCACAGAUUACAUGAGCGAUAUGCCAAAUAUGCUUAAAAAGCUAUAUCUGACUUUAAAAGGCUAUGACAAAGCACCACCAGCAUUAACAGAUGAAUAUCACGAAAUUAUGAAGAAAGCUAAAUCAGCUAAAGGCAUUACAUGGUCAGACGAAGACGUAGAAAAUGACGUGCAUUUUAAAUUCAUUUCCUCCCUUGACCUGGAGAAACCAACCACUACACUGGACUUUGGCAAAAAGGAUGUCAAUUCUACAAUAGAUAUUGUAACGGACAGUGAUGAUUUAACAGACAUAGAAAAUAAAGAACCAGUCAAGUUUUCGCCUAAAAAACGUAAAGGCACGCCAAUUAAACUGGCUAACAAUGAAACAAUAAUAAUAAAUGAUUCUUUUGAAAGUAUGGACACGACGAGAAAUUUGAAUUCUGCUAAAAAGGUGAAGAGAGAAAUUAGUCCAGCGAUGGACGUUGAGAAUAAUUAUGAUGUUAUUGAUCCGAAUAGCUUGAAUUCGACGUUUGUGUUGGCUAAUAAUAUGAAUUCUUGGAAGAAGUUGCCUGUUAAAGCGGAGCCUAAGGAUAAAGAACCAGUUAAAACUGGACUUCAGGAUAGAACAAAUAUUCUUCACCGGCCCAUCAGUUUUAAUGAUAGAGCGAAAAUAGUAAAACCAGUGGUGGGCAAAGCAGCAGCAUUUAGACGGAACCCACCGCCCCCUGUGAAGCCGUCAGCUGGUUUUGGUUCCAGUGUAGCGAGGGAUGGCACUUCGCUGCAGAAGAAUGUGCAAGACGCAAGAAAGCCGAUAAAUCAAAAAUCAGUUGGUUAUAAAGCGGUUCGAGCGAGGGAAAGGAUGCAGACUCAUCCGUAUAGCAGACCAACCAUUCGAAAAUAAGAAGAAUUAGCAUAAAUAUGGAUUAAUAUAAAUAACUGUAAUAGAAGAUUUUUGGUAAGUUAAUGUUAGUGAAGUGAAUGUGUAGUGAAGAUUGUGAAAUUGAUUCGAAGUGUAGAAUAAGACGGCAUUGUAAUAAUGUGAUUUCUAAUAUGUAAUAAAUUUUAAUGAAUAAAUGUGUAAUAACGACUGUAAUAUGAUCAAGCAAAAUAUAUAGGUAUCAUAUAUCUAAUGAAGAUACAAUUUAAACGCGAUUUAUGGUUAUUGUUGUGUGGCUUAGUAAACUGAAUACAUUAUCAUUUUGCAAUAUGAAAACAAAUCUAAAAUCAACAUAGAGAAAUAAUCGAUGUUUUAAUUAUAACAAUCGGUUAGUAUUAGGAAGUAGU